AACUGGCAGUUUCGUUCCAAAUUCCGAAGCGAGAGAUUGUCGUGGGAGGUUGUUGCGCGCGCCCUGUUCGCAUUUAUGUGUUUUUAUCGUGAUUCUGUCAACCGAAAUCAUAUGUUUUUAGCCAGGAGAGAGACGAUUGCCAGAACAGCAGCAAAACGGGCGGAGUACUGCGGUGAAAAAUUGAAAAUUAGCAAGCGCACGGCACACACAGUGAUUGAGGCGAAUUAAAUCGGAAUUAAAAUAUGGUUAGCCAUUCGAAUUGCGUGAAAUAAAAUCGUGAAGAAAAACCAGAAAACAAAUUUGUUAUCGCUCUCCGUCUCUUUCUCUCUCCCAUUCUCACUGCGAUUUGCUCUCCGUGUGUUUAUGUCUCAGCUGUCCAAGUGUGUGUGCGGCCCGUGUGUGUGUGCGGGUGUGUGUGACGUAUGUGCGUGCAAGUGUUUGUGAUUUUAUGUUGUUGUUUUGCCUGCUUUCGCGUGAAAUUCAACAACAACAUCAGCAGUAGCAGCAGCAGCAACAACAAGCAAAGCAACAGCCAACAACAAAUUUAAAUUGAGAUUUUCCAUACAAUCCAAAGUUACAGGCGCCUAUUUUCCAGUCAUCAGUCUGAAGUCGGUCUGAAGUGCUAUCCUGGACAUUUGGUUUUAGCCGCCGCCUGGCUUCAUCUAACAUCCAAUUAAUUGAAAUAGUACAUUUGCAUCUCAGCAGCACGUUGAGCCCAUAACAUCCAGUAUCCCGAGCAACGCGCACAGAAACCAUUGGAGAAACCCUCACGCACAAUGAAAAACGACGUCGUGCGAUGGAGCAGGCAGCCAACUAGCAACACCGACAACAACAACAGCAGCAGCAGCAGGAGCAGCAGCAGUAGAAGCGGCAGCAACAGCAGUAGCACUCACAAGCACAGAAGCAAAAGCAACAAAUUAAAUGCUCGCCAAUUAGGGCCACAUGGAGCCAGAAGUUGUCAGCAGAGAGCCGAAGCCGCAACGCAGCUACAAGAUGAACAACAAACAAUCAUUGAAUGUGAUAUAGGAAAUUUCAAUUUCGAUUGCAAUUUAUUCAAAACUAGUUUUUUAACGCAACACAAACCGAAACUUAGUGGCAAGAGCAGCAGCAAAAGCAAAUGCAACAGAAGCAGACCCUUGGCGAAAACGAAAGCGGUGUUGCUGUUAGCUCUGCAAUUUAGUGCCGUAGUUUUUUUAUGUAAUUUUAAUGUCGGUUUCGUGGCCGGAAGCGUGGCAACGGCGGCAUCAUCGGCUGGCGGCACAUCGCCAGCGGCGCCACCAUCCUCUGCGCCCUCAUCCACGCCCACAGCUGCUGCACCACCGCCACCGCCACCUUCGUCGCCACUCAAAGUGCAUCCAAAUGGCCAGUCGCCAGUGCUGCCGCCCUACGUCCUCGACUAUGAGACGGGUGGCAGGGCCAAGCUAACGCCCAACAAUGGCAAGUUCGCCCAGUCGGGCAGUUCCGGUAGCAAUAACAACCAACUCGUCGGACACUACACCCACACCUGGGCGGUGCACAUACCGAACGGCGAUAAUGGCAUGGCCGAUGCGGUUGCCAAGGAUCACGGUUUCGUCAAUUUGGGCAAGAUCUUCGAUGAUCACUACCACUUCGCACAUCACAAGGUCUCGAAGCGGUCGCUCUCCCCCGCCACGCAUCACCAGACUCGCCUGGAUGACGACGACCGCGUCAACUGGGCGAAGCAGCAGCGGGCCAAGUCGCGGUCCAAGCGGGACUUCAUCCGCAUGCGACCCUCAAGGACCUCCUCGCGGGCCAUGUCCAUGGUGGACGCCAUGACCUUUAACGACUCCAAGUGGCCGCAGAUGUGGUAUCUGAACCGUGGUGGUGGCCUGGACAUGAAUGUGAUACCCGCCUGGAAGCAGGGCAUUACCGGCAAGGGCGUGGUGGUGACCAUUCUGGACGAUGGCCUGGAAUCCGAUCAUCCGGACAUACAGGAUAACUACGAUCCCAAAGCCUCGUACGAUGUGAACAGCCACGACGACGAUCCGAUGCCGCACUACGACAUGACGGACUCCAAUCGCCAUGGAACCCGCUGUGCCGGCGAGGUGGCAGCCACCGCCAACAACUCCUUCUGUGCGGUGGGCAUUGCGUACGGCGCCAGUGUGGGCGGCGUCAGGAUGCUGGACGGAGAUGUCACGGAUGCGGUUGAGGCAAGGUCGCUGUCGCUGAAUCCGCAGCAUAUCGACAUAUACAGUGCCUCCUGGGGACCGGAUGACGAUGGCAAGACGGUGGACGGACCCGGGGAGCUGGCAUCGCGCGCCUUCAUCGAGGGAACAACGAAGGGACGUGGCGGCAAGGGCAGCAUCUUCAUUUGGGCAUCGGGCAAUGGCGGACGGGAGAUGGAUAACUGCAACUGCGACGGCUACACGAACUCCAUCUGGACGCUGUCCAUCUCCAGUGCCACGGAGGAGGGACAUGUGCCCUGGUACUCGGAGAAGUGCAGCUCCACGCUGGCCACCACCUACAGCAGCGGCGGGCAGGGCGAGAAGCAGGUGGUCACCACGGACCUGCACCACUCGUGCACUGUCUCCCACACGGGCACCUCGGCGUCGGCCCCGCUCGCCGCUGGCAUAGCCGCCCUGGUGCUGCAGUCCAACCAGAAUCUCACCUGGCGCGAUCUGCAGCACAUUGUUGUGCGCACCGCCAAGCCGGCGAACCUCAAGGACUCCAGCUGGUCCCGCAACGGGGUGGGGCGGCGGGUGAGCCACUCCUUUGGCUACGGAUUGAUGGACGCCGCCGAGAUGGUGCGCGUGGCCCGCACCUGGAAGUCGGUGCCGGAGCAGCAGCGGUGCGAGAUCAACGCUCCCCACGUCGACAAGGUCAUUCCACCUCGUACCCACAUCACCCUGCAACUGACGGUUAACCACUGUCGAUCGGUCAAUUACCUGGAGCACGUCCAGGCCAAGAUUACGCUUACGUCGCAGCGUCGCGGAGACAUUCAGCUCUUUUUGCGGUCUCCCGCCAACACCAGUGUCACGCUCCUAACGCCUAGGGUACAUGACAACUCCCGUUCCGGAUUCAACCAGUGGCCCUUCAUGUCUGUGCACACCUGGGGAGAGUCGCCGCAGGGCAACUGGCAGCUGGAGAUCCACAACGAGGGACGCUACAUGGCACAAAUCACACAAUGGGACAUGAUAUUCUACGGCACCGAAACGCCCGCCCAACCCGACGACGUGGCCAAUCCCAGCCAGUCGAACCAGUUCAAUCUGUACGGCAACGAUAUGGCCCACAACGACGUCGAGUACGAUUCCACUGGCCAGUGGAGGAAUAUGCAGCAGGUGGGCGAUGUGGGCAUGACCCGAGAUCACAGCAACACCGCCGCGUGCCUUAAGUGGAGCGAUCGCAAGUGCUUAGAUAUUGCCAAGCCAGCCAAGUAGUCGCGCCACAGUUUGAAAGGCACUGUACGCAAGCUUAAGCUUUUUAAUUGUAUUUUUUGCCUAUCAUUUGAGUCAUUGUGUUUCCUUCUUGUUUAUUUGAUUUUGUAUAAGAAAUAUUGUUUAAUGCCAUGCAGCCAAACGAAAGGAAUGUUCAACACACACCACAACAACCACUGCAGUUUAGAGUUCAUAGUAAAAGACUGUUUCUUAAAAUUAAAUCUUAAAAACUAAAUCUUGGACAGCGGUAAAUGAUUGAAAUGGGUCGAUGGCGUGAAAGGAUGCGAAAAAUAAAAACCAAAUCUAAGUAAUUAAUGGAAAUAUUUCUAGAGUUUAAGGCGCUAAGCAAAGCAAACCACUUUUGUAUCAAAAAUAAACGAAAACAAAACGAGAAAUGGUCAUGCACAUAAACGUGACCAAGUAAAUAAUAUCCUAAGGUGUAGGGGUGAAGCAUAGCGUAAUAAUUGAAAAGUAGGCAGCAACCACUAAACAAUUAAAUCGUAUUUAUAUUAAACAAUUUAUAAAAAGUUCCUGCAGUUUUCAACAUGAAUCUAAAACGCGAAACACACUAAUUAAUACAGAAUUUACACCUAAUUGCCGGUUUAUUUUGUCCACAAUGCAAACAAAAACACAAACAAAACAUAUCUCUGUUACAAAUUUGUUGCUUACUUAAAUCAUUAUUAUUAAACACAAAUCAAAAGCAAAUUGAGUGCAAUAAUUAUUAUUAAAUCUUUAAAACUGUAUUAAGCAGCAGCUAAAAAUUCAAAUGAUUUCGUUUCUUAUCAAAACCGACAAACAAAAACAUAUCAUUUAAUAUUUGUUUGAUUUCGGAACUAAGUACAAAAACUAUUUGUUUACUUAACAAAUUUUAUCCAAAUUUACUUAUCUCCUUUUGUGAUUUAUAUUUCUAUUCUAUUGGUUUUGACUUAGAUAAAUAUUCCCAAUAUCUAUGCAUUUUCGUUGUAUGAAUAAUCAUAUCGUAACUGCACAAUAAACAAUACAAAUAUAAAUGUUAAUUUAAUAAACAAGUUAAUAGCGAUGUAACGAACACGAGGUGGAGUAUCUUUUUGUUGUUGUUGGAAUUAGCAAACACACACACACAUACUAUGCCAGAGCAUAAGAUAUAAACAAACUAAAGCUAGCAUUUCUCUAUCUGCAUUGACAAGCAAUCGAAAAUAGUUGAAUUAACCCCCAAAUUCCUCAGUAUACAUGUACUUUACGCACUAGCAGCGAACAAAGCCGAAAAUAUUAACCAAGCCAAUACACCACAACACAAAACCCAAAACCCGAAACACAAAAACUUACAAGUAUUUGCCGAAAACUUUGGCAAGUGCCCACAUAAAUUAUGUUGAACAAAUUUCCAAGUGAGUUUGGCUAGGAACACAACAAAAUUCUGCUCCGUUUCCAAGUAUUCUGUUGUUCUUUAACGCACACGCAGUUUUGGUACUUAUUUAUCUUCGAGGGCCAGAAUACACUGGAAACUAAACUCUGAAGCAUAUUUACUCUAACCACUAAUUAGAGAGAAAGCCAAAUUAAUCUUUAAGCUUAUACUAAACGAAAAAAAAAACAAAAAAAUUCGAAAGAUAAAAACAAACAAAACAAAAAGUAAAAUGAGUAAAGAAAAACUGGUACUAGGGCAUGGGGUAGAAACUAGAAUUAAAUCGUAUUAACUUUAAUGCCACGAAAUUGUAAAAAAAACAUUGGAACAAAAACAGUAAAUUAAUGCUUGCAAUUAGUGAGAGGAAACGAGAUAAAAUUAAACUUUUUUAAAUGUAAAGAAAGCGAAACUGAAAUUAAACACUUAAAUUUAGUGACACAACCUCGUAGGGAUGGUGGAAAUUGAGAAUGACGCAAUUCGAAACUCAAUACAAUUUUUUAUGUAUGUUUGUGUAUAUAUCUAUCUAUAUAAUAUCUAUAUGAGUAAUAAAUAAAUGCAUUGACAACGUAAAAACCAAAACUCCUUGAAGCCAAUUUAUUUACAACCAUAAACUCGAAAACAGCAAGCGAAACAUGCUCAGAAAAUUUAAUAAAUAUGAAGAAAGGAGCGCUCACAAAUUGCCAUUGAGGUUUUCAGAUUGCAGACAAGGUGAGUGUGGCUUCAACCUAAGUAUUGUUUUGUUCUACUUUUUGGUUUAAACGGAAAGUUCAAUUUCUCCCCUUAAUUUCUGUAAUUCGUUUAAUGCGUUACGUUGCCUUUUUAACACAAUAAAAACCCACAUUUCCAUGUCCAUGAUUAGUGUUUUUGCUGGUGAAGGUUAGACAAACAUGCCUACACUGCCAUCUUCAAUCGCACACUGGCCUUUAUGAUUUUUCUAUUAAUUUUUGAGCAUGUUUUUCCUGCUGAGCUUGCUUUCAAAAAAAAAACUUACAUUUUUGGUUGCAAGGGAUAUGUUUCAGUUUCGC